GGUUACGGUAGAUUUUUCAAGGAGCGACUGUGAUUGUGGCUGCUGGAGGAUGAACUGGAUGCCAUGCAGCCACGUGCAUGCUGUGUGUCACUUCCUCGACCGCCCUGUCAAUCAACUUAUUCCGGAAGUCUAUAAACUGACCUCUUACAUUAAUGCACAUGCUGGUGAUAUUAUGCCUUUACCAAAUAUGAAUGAGUGGCCUGAUAUUGGGAUCCAUCUUUUACCGCCAAAAUAUUUAUCACGAACUUCUCGAGUGGGGCGUCGUCAAGAAACGAGGUUUCAAAAUGAGAUGGAUAUGCGUCCAAGCAGAAGAAGAGGACAACAAUGAUUUCAUGUAUUUUUAAUAUUUCAGCGUUUUUAAUAAUUUCUUAUGAAG